AUGGAUCAGCUAAAGUUAGAACUCAAAAGCUUCGAACGGAGGUUCGAAAAGAAGCACGGAAGACCGCCUGGUCGCGAAGAUAUUCGAGCAUUGCCGGAUCUCAAGUAUAAAUACAAACAAUAUGCUUCACUACAGCGCGAAAGACAGAGAAUUGAAGUGCUACAGGUAACGCCCCACAGGAAUGAUGAAAUAGAAACAGAUCUGCCGUUAGAAAUAGGUCCUACGCCUCAAAUGUACGGAAAAGUAUUGGGUUUAUUCGACAUGAAGAUGUCAUCGCCGACCAAAAGAGCAGCUGUAAUGUCACCAGAGGGCUCAAUAGGCGGUUUAGGGGAAACUCAAAGGCUUUCAAAAUCGCCGAAAACAGAGGGCGUAAAAACUCAUUUGGACUUAACGCUGGAACGCCGACUAUCACCCAAGAAAAGGUUCUACGGUCCGAAUUCGCCAUUCAAAUUUGAUGGUGUUGAUCUCUCAGUCCACACUCCAAGACGAAAUUUGCACAAUCUUAUAGCCGAGACUGAGAGCUUUGGCACUGGAAGCCCGUCUCCCAUCAUCAAACGUCCAAUGGGCAAACCUCUACUUCAAAUCGUCCGAGAGAGCGAAAAGUUGUUGGAUGAUAUUGACGAACUGAGCGACGACGACGUGAUCUCGCGGAGCGUUAAAGAUGUCUUUCAGAAUGAUGGAGACCAGCAGGAAGACCCAAAUACAGAGGAUGAGUCUGAAGUAGUAUUCAAGCGCUCAAAACGAAAGCACAUCUUGCGGCCGGCCGCUAGUGGAUUAAGUGCACCCGAACCUUUACAAGUGAAUAUCAAAGAAGAAAUGGCAAAAUUGAAGCAGCAGGCUAUGGAUGAAGCCAACGGCAUCGAGACCAAGAGCACUGAUGCAGGCCAGACAGUGUCCAAGAGCGCAAUCGUGAAAACCCGACGGAGGCCCCAGAAGUACAACCUUGUCAGCAACAAUUUUAGAAGACUGAAGCUUCCGAAAGCAAAGGGUAAGGGCAGAAAAUGGGGGCGACGCUAG